AUUUUAUCAUUCGGUUGCGGUGGUUUGGUGGUCGGAGGUGGUUGGUCGGAGAAGGAAAAGAUGGGAAGACAACCAUGUUGUGAUAAACUAGGAGUGAAGAAAGGGCCGUGGACGGCGGAGGAAGAUAAGAAGCUCAUCAACUUUAUCCUUACCAACGGCCAAUGUUGUUGGCGUGCUGUCCCUAAGCUCGCCGGACUCCGCCGUUGUGGCAAGAGUUGCCGUCUCCGGUGGACUAACUAUCUCCGACCAGACUUGAAGCGUGGACUGCUUAAUGAAUCAGAGGAACAACUCGUUAUUGAUCUCCAUGCUCGCCUUGGCAACCGGUGGUCAAAAAUAGCCGCAAGGUUGCCAGGACGAACAGACAAUGAAAUUAAGAAUCAUUGGAACACUCAUAUCAAGAAAAAGCUUUUAAAAAUGGGCAUUGAUCCGGUUACUCAUGAACCUCUUCAAAACAAAACUGAAGCAACCAAGACAUCAUCCUUCUGCUCUGAAAAACAUUUGUCAGGAUCUGAAAAGUGCCAUCACUUAUCACGUGAUGGAAGUGCCAAUACCCUCGGAAACUCGGAUGAGAACUCAAGUUUUGCACAAUCGGAGAAGUCCAUGUCCAUUGAUGAUCAUGAUACACAAACACUGUUUGAAAGCUUCUGCGAAGACGAGAAGUUAUUAAGUCACCUUUUAGGUGAAGAGGAACCUCCGUUGAUCGACACAUCAGCUUGGGAGUUACCAAAUAACGGACCACUCUUCAACCACUGUGCUAAUAGUUUCACCAAAUGGGAUGAUUGUGCUACGUGGCUAUUGGACUGUCAAGAUUUUGGUGUUCAUGAUUUCGGACUGGAUUCUUUCAACGAUGUUGAGAUCAACAUCUUAAAUACAAAAAACAACUAACAGGAAAGAUGCAAAUCCUGGUUUAAGGGAGUCGAUAUGUGUUGUUCUAUGGCCUUGUUUGUUAACACAUACAUCUUUGCAGGUCCAAUGACUUCCAUAAGAAAACACACAGUCUUGUCCUAAAAACCAGAUGAAUUAAAGGAAUUAGCAAAAAGAUGGAAAAGGGUAAAUAAAACCCUAGUUGUCGUACAUCUCACAUGCUACUAAGUAUCAUGUUUAGUAACAGUAUAGGUUAUUAAUAUUGUUUUUCUUUAAAGUUAAUGUUACACAAGUCUUAAAUGUAAUAUGAUGG